AUGUUUGUGAUCGUUUCUCGAUCCGCUGCUACUUUAGACGGUGCGUUUGGAAUAUGCUACGGCGAGCCGGGACAGGCAAUAGAUAUGUACCUUUUGAUACCGGAAGAAGAAGAACUAGUUCGUUUGGAGAUGGUCAGGUUGAAGAACUAUGGUGCGUCAUGGAAAGACCCGUCGGUGCAGUGUGUCCUUAGGAAUUUCUAUUUCACCAAGAAAUACUUCAUUCCUUAUGAUGUAACGUUGUGCCGAGGUUCGGAUCCGGCCGAAGUUAUCAGGUUGCUCCAGAAUGCCGAUGAGUACUUGGAUUCCAUUCGCGCUGAAGGCAGUGACGAGCACAAAAUGCGAGACGAUGAUAAUUAUGCAGCAGCUAUGACAGAUCUACAAAGGGGUCGGCUUCGGGAGGAAGAUCUCCCCGUACUGUUGAGCAUGCUCAGGAAUAUGAAAUUCGCAUCCGGGGAAUUUGAUUAUUUGCCAAAUGUACAACCACGCCUUCGUCAACCAGCCACCAUUGAAGAGCAAUCAAACGAUUAUGCAGGAGGUAGAGAAUUAUAACA